CGGCGUUAUUUUGCACUUAACACACACACUUCCACUUCCUGCUGCUUUGCCGCUGUAACCGCAGUGAGUGUGUAUUGCGCGGGUCUUCUGACAUGCAGUUUCUGGUUUUAACGGCUGUAUUCCAGCGUUAAUAUCACACGUUAAAAGAGCCAGAAUGGCGGACUCGCAUUCUAAGGAGUUGAAGCUGAACUUCACCCUGAAGGAGCUGAGUCUCUCCUGUCGGAGUGAAGAUGUGGACGUACCCGGCAGCUCGUCCAGCGUGGAGCUGCACGACAACAAGCUGGUGUGUGUGGAGUAUCCUGGAGUGGUCACCAGCGAGGACAAGAUGCUGGAGACUCUCGGGGGUGAAAAGGGAGUGACCAAAACCUUCGCUAACCCAAACAGGCGUCUGGAGCUGCGUUACCGACCUCAGGACCCUUUCUGCCACUCUCUGUGUGGAAACCGCUUCCCAUCGAGCAACCUCGUCCUCAGAGUGCGGCGACGGGUGCGGAAAAAGGACCCCAAGGACGCUGAGAUCCACAUGGAUAUACUGGGAGUCAUAGGAACAACUUACAAAUUCCAAGGGAUGGCAGACUUUCAGUUCCUAGCUAUGCAUAAAGAAGGUGGAAAAGACGUUUCUUUGUACGACAAAAUCAUCCUCCGCAAAUCAGAGAAUCAAGAGUUCUUCGAGCAGCCAAUGCCCUACUUUCUCCCCCCGGCCAGCUUCUCGCGCCUCGACUGUCCUGUGGAUUAUUAUUACCGGCCUGACAUCUAUCAAAACUCACCCCAGGCGCCCAUCAGCAAGAGCAACUUUAUUGGUUUGAAUCGAGCUCGCCGGCCCCACAACGCCAUUUUCCUCAGCUUCAGUGAUCCCAUUGCGCCCACCGAGUGCCUCGAGGCAGCCAAGGCCAACUGGGCACGAGUCUGCGUGAAGGAGAGCGACAAGCAGGUGGAAGAACAAUUGAAAAAGAUGUUUGAGAGCCGGCCCAUCUGGUCACGGAACGCGGUCAAGGCCAACAUCAACAUCCACCCUGAUAAACUGAAGCUGCUGCUGCCCGUCUUCGCCUACUACAUGGUGACAGGACCAUGGAGGAGUCUGUGGGUGAGGCUGGGCUAUGAUCCCCGAAAGACCACAGACUCCAAAAACUACCAGAUACUGGACUUCAGGAUCCGCUGUAGUACCAAGCACGGGUAUUCAUUAUCUGACAUGCCAGUUAAAGCCAAGAGGAGUGCCCUUAACUACAGUCUGCCUAUCACCUUCAACAAAGCAGGUCCCCAGGUAGCUAGUGUGAUGGAACUUCCAGCUCAGGAGGGUCCAAGCACCAGUCGAGAUCUGGUCCCAAUCUCUUACCAGCUGAAGGAGUCCUCCUACAUUUUCAGAAAGGGCAUGCUGCCUCCUCACAGACAGAUGUUUUACCAGCUCUGUGAUUUGGAUGUGGAAAGUAUCAAACAGGAGAUAGGGCAAACGGGCGACGAACAGGUGUGUGACGAGCGAGACGGCUGGUGUGUUCUUGGAACAACAGACAAGCUAAGGGACAUGAUAUCAGCCAUGAUCAAGAAGGUCAUCCGAGUCCAGAAACCAUCAUUGCCAGAAUUCCCCAAGAGACGCAGACGCAUAGCCCUAUCUUCAAAAUUCCCAGGGAGAGAUGCGGACGCAGAGGAAGAGGUGCAGGACGGCGAGAACAAGGAUGACGAAGACGAAGAUGAGGACGAUGAGUUUCAGCCGUCGGAGGGCAGUGAAAACGAGAUGGAGACAGAAAUUCUGGAUUACAUCUAACCCAAAUCACAACCGUUUUCAUGACAUUAAUCUUGAAUAUUUUCACAUUACUUGUUUCUGUAAAAGGUGAUAUGUUUGAAUUAUUUUAGUAAAAUGUAAAUAAACAUGGAAGUAUUUCUAGC